GGCUGCUUGUUGUUCCCGCAGAGAGGCGAGAAGAUGGCGGCCGUGUCAAGCGGAGGUGCUGCUGGGUCCGCUGCGGCCGGGAUUACGCACUCUGGCCGACCGACCCACGCAGGCAUGGGCUCCCAAAACCGAGCCCAGCCAUCCUCGGGGAUCACCCACUCCAGUCGUACCAGCACGGCCGCUGGGUGCAUCACCAAUCCUGGGCACACUUCGGUUACCAGGCCCCCCCCAGCCCGAGUGGGCCACUACGAAAUCGAGCGGACUAUCGGCAAGGGAAAUUUCGCGGUUGUUAAACUAGCCACACACAUCAUUACCAAAGCAAAGGUGGCUAUAAAAAUAGUGGAUAAAACCCAGCUGGAUGAUGAAAACCUGAAAAAGAUCUUCAGAGAGGUGCAAAUCAUGAAGUUGCUGAAGCACCCCCACAUAAUCCGCCUCUACCAGGUUAUGGAGACUGAGAGGAUGAUCUAUCUGGUAACAGAGUACGCUAGCGGUGGAGAGAUUUUUGACCACCUGGUAGCCCAUGGGCGUAUGGCAGAAAAGGACGCCAGGAAGAAGUUCAAACAGAUUGUGGCAGCAGUCCAUUUCUGUCACUGCCGCAACAUUGUCCACAGAGACCUGAAGGCUGAGAAUCUGCUGCUGGACCACAACCUCAACAUCAAAAUCGCAGAUUUUGGCUUCAGUAACCUGUUUUCACGAGGACAGCUGUUGAAGACAUGGUGCGGCAGUCCUCCGUAUGCUGCACCAGAACUCUUUGAGGGCAAGGAGUAUGACGGACCUAAAGUAGAUAUAUGGAGCUUGGGUGUGGUGUUAUACGUUUUGGUGUGCGGCGCCCUGCCUUUUGAUGGCAGCACUCUUCAAAAUUUGCGGGCACGAGUCCUCAGUGGCAAGUUCCGCAUUCCCUUCUUCAUGUCCACAGACUGUGAGUACUUGAUCAGACACAUGUUAGUGCUGGACCCCAGCAGACGGUUGAGCAUGGAGCAGAUCUGUAAGAACAAGUGGAUGAGACUAGGAGAUCCGGACCCAGACUUUGACAGGUUGAUAGCGGAGUGUGAGCAGGUGAAAACGGAGAGAGAGACAGAGCUCAUCAAUGAGCAGGUGCUGAUAGCCAUGUGUGAGAUGGGCCUCGAUCGAGAGCGCACACUUCAGUCCCUACAAACCGAUGCAUACGAUCACUACAGUGCCAUCUAUAGUUUGCUGGCGGACCGCCUGAAGAAAAACAAGACCCUGCGUGUUGCCCCGCCCACACCACGCUCGAUUACCUAUCCCAUCAACACUGUACAGACAGAUCCGCAGGGUAAUCCUGUUAGCAUGACCGUUCCCCAUGUCCAGCUUAUCAACCCAGAGAACCAGAUUGUUGAGCCGGAUGGCAGCAUGGCUCUGGACAGUGAUGAAGGGGAGGAACCAUCUCCCGAGGCCAUGGCUCGCUACCUUUCGAUGAGGCGGCACACUGUGGGAGUACCAGACCAAAGAACAGAGAUGCAGGAGGACCUCCAGAAAAUGCCACCAGGUUUCCCUCGCGGUGCAGCGCCCCAGCCUCCAUUCCCCCCACUGGCCCACAUUAUGGGCCAAAUGCACACUCUCAUGCCCACACAGAGCUUGCAACCCACACAGCAGCUGGAAUACAAGGAGCAGUCGUUGCUGCAGCCACCCACCCUGCAGCUGCUUAACGGCAUGGGGCCUCUUGGUCGAAGAGCUUCCGACGGUGGGGCAAACAUUCAGCUACACGCUCAGCUCCUCAAGAGGCCCCGGGGGCCCUCACCACUUGUUACCAGCCCGCACCCAAUCCCUGCAGUAGCUCCGGUGGAUGAGGAGGGUUCAGACGGAGAGCCAGACCAAGAAGCAGUACAGAGGUACCUGGCGAACCGCUCCAAGCGGCACACGACGCACGUGCUCACGAGCACAACGCAUGGCGAGCCCUCGGCAGAGUCGCAGCGGCCCCAGGGCCCCCGGCAGAGGGGGGGCUGGGCCCCCGACACACACACCCGAUCCAGCUAUAAGGACUGUAACACCCUUCAUCUCCCCAUGGAGCGCUUCUCACCUGUCAGACGGUUUUCUGAUGGCGCAGCCACCAUCCAGGCCUUCAAGGCUCAUCUAGAGAACAGCAGCCUCAUUAAACAACUCAAACAGGAGUGUGAGCAGCUCCAGAAAAUGUAUGCUGCCCAGCAGGAUGAGCGAUUCCUGGAGCACACCCAGCAACAGCAUAUCCUCUACCAGCAAGAGCAACAAAUCCUCCACCAGCAAAUCCAGAGUCUGUCUUUAGGCCAUGGAGAGAACCAGCCCAGUCAUCUAACCCACCAGCUUCAGAGGUUGCGUAUCCAGCCCUCCAGCCCUCCGCCAACACAUCCCAGCAACCACCUCUUCAGACAGCCCAACCAGAGCCCUCCGCCUGGCUCAGCAGGCAUAAUGCAAGGGCAUGGAGGUCCAUCACCAGUGCAGUACCAGCACGGUUCUCCAGCACUCUAUCAGGGCCAGAGUGGCAGCCCGCCUUCCACAGGCCUGCCUCAACAAGCAGCAUCUACUCGCCCAUUGGCACAGGGUGUACCUCAACAACAGCAGGUGACCAUUCAGGUUCAGGAAGUGGAGCUGGGAGGUGUAGCGCAGAGACAGGGCGGCUUUUUGUCCACACCAGGGCACAGAGUCCUGGGGAAGCAGCUUAGCGCAGACAACGCCGAGACGCACAGUCGCAGCCUUGGCCGCUUCACAUCGGGCUAUGACCAGGCUCAGUUCAAUCCCCACCUCUUCUCUGGCGACGCCACCUCCCGGGGCACCUCAGGAGUGGUCGGCUCUUACAGCCACUACCUGCAGGGAGCCUCCCUCAAUGUCCCUGGCCUGGAGGAUUACCAGAGCGGGGUGAUAGGGACCAGCAGCUACGGUACCCCCUCUACACUACAGCAGGCCCUGCUCUCGCCGACUCCUUUGGACUACCGCCCUCCCCAACAGCACGUCACUCCCACCCUGCAGGGCCUUCUGUCUCCCCGCCACUCUUUAACGGGCCACGCCGACCCCAGGCUGCCGCCCCCAGACCUGGCUGCCCUGCUGAAGAGGCAGAGCCCCCGACCGUGCCAAGCAACCCCCCCACCACCCAGCGCUGCACCCCAAGAGUAUGGAGAGAUGCUGCUUCUCCACCAGAUGAGCCAGAGUGACAGCUUGGAGCCACCAACACCGCAGGGUGCCUCCGGAGGCCAACACUACCACCAUCACCACCACCACCUUCUCCAGAUUCGACCACCAGAGGUCCAGCCACAGCAGAACCCGGCCCAGACACCUUGCCCCAGCUUACCUCACUCGGAAAGCAUGGAGGAGGAUGAGGCGCCCACUAACUACCACCACCCACACGAAGGCCUGCUGGCCAAGGCAGGAGAAGGUCUUGAGCUCCUGGGGCCUCCCCGAGGAGGCACCCCGCCCUACACCUCCCCUACACACAGGCAUGGUGCCUUCAUAAGGAAUGCUCCAGCAACUAGAGAAUCUGAGCACGUGGAGUGCAGGCCCCAAGGGCAGGCCAUGGAGGUGCCUGAUCUUAAUGGUGUGGGCUAUUCGCGAGGUCCCCAGGGUGACGCCUGUAGGUCACGUGGACAGCUACAGCGCCACCACACCAUCCAGACCUGUGACGAUGCCUAUGAUCAGGCAGAGCCCAUGUCGGGGAUGAGCCUGUUGGCCGGAAAGGCACUGAGUUCCGCUCGCAUGUCGGACAUUCUCAGCCAGACGUCACUGACAGGAAGCCAGCAGCUGCACCAGCGGGAAGAAUUGGUGUGUGAUGUUGAAGAGGAGCUCCAUGCAGCAGCCUGUUACCCAUCUUCCUGCACCAGUGACAUGCUCCUCAGCUACAAGCCCCCUGACCUGCAGUACAGCAUGGAGCAGGCCGGGGUCUAGCACAGGAGGGGUGUAUCCUGUGUACAGCGGUCCAUAUCAGCCAUCCUGAGUUGUGUUGACUUGAGUUGAGCAGCAUCACGCCAAACCACCGUUCUCUGCCCAAAUGGGGGGGAGGGGGGCUCUACGUCCAUAUGUCUGUCUCCAUCUGUCUUUGGGAGGGCAUUUUGUGCAAGAGAGGGGGAGUGCGGGUGGGUGUAGACAUUAGAGGGGUUGGGGUCACAGGUGGGGACAUGGGAUUCAAAGGUCAAUGUGCCAGCAUUUUCUGCACAGACAUCCAGCAUUCAUUGCCGCAUGUUGUCUCCUCUUUUCACCUCCCAUCAUGGGUAGAUUGGGGUUACACUCCUCCCUCUUUCGACUCAACCCCCCUCUCCCUCUCCCUCUGCAAACCUGUUCCCCCACGCCCACUUGAUGCCCUGACCUAAUCCUCCCCUUUCACCUUUUGUCUUCUAUUAAUUGUUGGCAUACUUCAUUAUGUGCCUCUUUGGCCAACGCAUUGAUACAGUCAUAGUUGCAGGAACAUAGAGUCCAACAACACAAAUAAACAUACACAAUGCUGCCACAAACCCAAAGUAUUUACAUAAGGUGUAUGUGUGUGAGUGUGUGCAUGACUGAGAUCAAGAGGUGAGCAGAGGAGAAAGGUGUCUUCGAGGUUCAGUCUGCUCCUCCAUCUCUCCCUUCUCUUGCUGUCCUGCAGCAGAUCAUUCCGGAGCGGCUUGGAAUCUCAUCAGCGGUGGCCCCUUCAUGGGCGGCGGGUGUUUUCUCUCCAAAGAUGGAGCUCAGUGACAUCGCACAGGACAAACGGCUCUCUCGUUGUGUUUAUUUUUCUUUCUUGUUCUAGCAUUCAUUUUCUUUUUUUCUUUUAAAAUUCAUUUUUACGGCUAAUGUCCAUGUAGGGCAUUAUGGUCAAUAUUGUUACUUUUAUUGUUAUAACUGUUUUCUUUAAAAGAGGUUUUAUUAUAAUGGAUAUUAUUAUUGUUAUUAUUAUUAAAGGAAAAACAGUUCUGUGUUGCAAGGAAGACAACAUUGUUCUUUGAUUACUUAAGUAAUUCUGCACUUUCGGUUAAACUACUACUCUCUCCGUCUGUCCCCCCUUUCGCAGUUCCUCGCUUCGUCAUGCUGUUACUCUGCUUUUCAAAUCCACCCUCUCCUCCUCCAGCCCUAGUGUUCCCCACCUUGGGUUCCUUCUUCCCCCUAUCCCAUGUCAGUGACGGUGUAUUGCAUUGUGGGUAGUUUUAACAGACAUUCGCUCCUUUCCUUCUACAGUUAUGCCAUGUAUAGAACGCUAUUGCAAUUUAUGUAUCAUCUUUUUUUGUUUUUAGAUGUCGGGGAGCUUUUUUAUAUUGGUAUUGUUUAUCAUUUGUAUUUUUGGAUGUCUUCAAAAUGUUUUCCUUUUGUUUCUUUGUUUUAUGAAUCUUGAGAUUUUUAGCCAAAAGAAGACAGAGAGAAAACAGACAGUGCUUUCUAUCUGUCUCGUAAAAAGAGAUUGUUCUUAUUUGUUAAAAUAUUAUUAUAUCAAGACACUUGAAUAAGAGGAGAGUAAUUAUUUUGUUGCUUUUUAAAGUAUCAUUUCAAUUGAUGUUGUGACUGUCAUUCUUGUUGUUAGGCCUGUUUUCUGUUAACAGGGUAGUUGUGGCAGGCUAUACAGGGUCCGGCUUUGUCUUUGUCUGGGUUGGUUCGGGUGCUACAGAGACUUGCUUCUCUAAAAAUAAAAUAAAAA